CUUGGGAUUUCUAUUCUCUCUCCAUGUACUAGUUUUCUGAAGGGUGUGCAAACGGGGUAGGCACUUUACUGCAUGUAAAACGAUGACGUCUCAGUUGUGGCUUCUAAAUGUUGCUACAAAGAGUUUAAUUUGUUCUCGGAAUUUACAAUUCCGACCGUCGACCCAGCUUCAAUAUUUUUCAAAAGCUUGAAGUAGUGAUUAUUACAAUUCUAGAAUGUAUUCCGUAAGAUAUGUACAGCUAUUUGGAACUUCUCCAUACUUGCAUCUCUCUCGUUCCACAAAUCCAUUUGAUGGAAAGUUUGCACCUUUGAAGACCUUGAUGAAGUGCCUAAAGCCUCAGGUGUAUAGUAGGGUGACAAAGUUCAACGGGGGAUCUAAUUUUGAGACAUUCCACCAUUACUUUAGAAAAGUUUACAAUUUAGGGUGUAAUUACACUUUAUGGAGUACACUAGGUUUGUCGGCUUUGCUUGGAUAUACUAAGCUUUCUCCACACAUUUCAUAUUCUUCUGAUGGUUUUGAUGGUCUAUUGGAUGACCAUCAUCUGGGCUUGUUCAGUGAUUCAAAUUCUGAAGAUCGUAGAUCUCUCUUUAUGUCUUUAAGGAAAUUAGUGGUUCCUCUCUUGCUUGUCAUUACUGUGUUGAUGAACUGGGGCCAUCCAAUGAUUAUUACAGCUAAAGUCACUCUUAUUCUUCUUACAACAAAGCCAAGCCCUUUAUCAGUGUAUGUCCUUGUCGAACAGUUGCGACAUCAAGCAGUUCACCAACAACCAUUCGUCUAUAAGUUCAAGUCGUUAUACGCAAAGAAAGUUGAAGUUGCAGAUUAUCUGUUCCUCUCUCUGGCUAAGGUUGAACUAAAAGAUCAGGAGUUUAUUCUUGUUGGAAUUCUGGGGAGUUGGUGGUCUUUCCCCUUAUCUUCUUGGCAAGAGGCAUCAUCUAUUCUUAAAUGCAAAGUUUUGAAGAGUUUAAGCUAAGACAUGUGCAUUAUUUCAGCCUUUGGCGGUCUUGGAUUUUCUGAUGGUGGACAAUUAGCAAGGAAAAUGUCACUCUAUUGUGAUUUUUGUUGUGUUGGAGAAAUAGAGGAUGGGAGUUUGGCUAUCUGAAUUGUAGCUCUGCUUGCUGUGUCAUUAAAAGCUAAGAUUUCGGUGCUUAAAGCAAUGAAUCAAUGCUAAACGAGGAGUUAUUGCUUCAUCCGGGAAGCCAUGCACUUCAGAGAAGUGUGAGCUUCAGCCAGACGACACGUGGAGAGUUCUUUGAGUCUCAACUUAAGAAUUGGAUUUAUAUCCACAUUUCUGUAUAUUGUAGUCUGAUGUUUGUUAUGUUUAUUGGGAUUCAAUUAUUAUAGUACUAAAUUCUUAUAUGUUUGGUACUUUUUAAUGUUCAUAAUUUGGACACCUCA